GGUUGGGUUUUUUUUUUUUUUGGUGGACUUUAAGGAAAAUAUUGGUAAUUAAUAUUACAUUGUAUUUUUUGCCAGAUAUCUAUCGGUGACUGAACAGGCAUGGCGUCGGGAAAAAUGAUGAUGUUCGUGCUUGGUGUUUCUGUGGGAACAGUAUUGGUAUGGCCGAUACACAUCGUCUCGUGUCAGUACACCCCGGAGUUGGAGGUCAGUUUAUUGGGAGAACUGUACAACAGCAACUACUCUACAUUAGUCAGACCAUCAGCAACUGUCACCGUCAACAUCAGCUUAAUGUUGUUCACCAUCAACAAACUGAACAUCGUUGACCAAACACUUUCUGUAUCGGGGAUGCUGUCCAUGAAAUGGAUGGACAGUCGUCUAGCAUGGAAAGAUAACUCUGAUUACUCACUAGUUAGUUUCAUUUUCAACACAGAGGAGAACACAUGGACACCAGCAAUAUAUGUGGAGAACUCUGUAGAAGACUUAGCUGUCAUCUCGGAUGAGAACAUGCCAAUGAGAAUUACACCUACUGGACAGGUAAGCCGAACUCCUUCCGGGGUGUACCAAGUUUCCUGUGAAUGUGACGUCAAAUACUAUCCACUGGACAGACAGAUAUGUUACAUCAAAAUCACAACAUCCGGGUACACUCAGGGUGAAAUUGAUCUUCGAUUCGAUAAACCCGCUGUAGAUCUCUCCGAAUACGUCCGCAAUGGAGAAUGGGAAAUUAUUUCCGUUGGGAAAUCUCCGUCAGGGGAGCAAACCAAGUCAAGGAACGGGUACAGCUUUGCCAGCAUACAAUUCCGACUUGAGUUAAGAAGACGUCAUUUGUUCCACAUCCUUAACACGGUCUAUCCUGUGUUUUUGAUUGGCAUGCUUAUUCCAUUUGUAUUCAAACUUGGAGAGACAAGCGUUAAAAUUGACUUUUCUUUGACGGUCCUUUUAUCAUAUGCUGUAUACGUGACUGUGAUUGCUGAAAACAUUCCCAGCACCUCUGUGUCUGUGUGUUAUUUAUCUGUGUAUUUGGCAAUCAUUUUGACCAUAUCAACGCUGUCCAUCUUUAUCGUUAUUUUGGGGUCCAAGAUAGCGAACAAAGAAGCCAAGGUGUCACCAGGAGUUAGGGCAUUUGUGCGCUGCCUCAGAAAAAUGUCUUGCUGCUCCAGACACUCUUGUUGUGGUCGUAGUAGCGUAGCCUGUGACGCAAAAGAAGUUCACGUCCGCAUGGAAGAAACUGGUAGAAUCCACGGAAAGGGGAGUUCGCUGAAAGCAGUGGAGAAUGUACCACAUUUCGAAAAGCAUGAAAAUCCUGAGGAAGUUACGUGGGGAGCUUUUGUGUGUGUUUUGGACAGCCUUUUAUUUAUUGUGUUCUUUCUGUUUAUCAUUACAACUUCUUUGGUUCUUUUUAUCGUUUGGGGCAUCCAAUAUGAGUCAUGAUUAUGAUAUUGGCAAAA